AUGAUAAGGCAAGAUGGAUAUCCAUGUUUCUGUCCAGCAUAUGUAUCAAAGACGCAACCAAUUAAGAUAAAAGUUUUAGAUGCUAAAUUUAAACCAAUAAACCACAGAAUACAAUUCUAUUGCUACCAAACACCUAAAUAUUCUUUCAGUGAUGAAACGAAAGAAAGUAAUAUUUAUAUUGAUGAAUAUUCAAGUAAUAUUUCUCUCACGAUUUAUUUCACUGACGAAUUCUACACGAACUUAUUUUUUAAUUUCCAAAUCAUUGAAGACUUGAGUUAUUACACUCAACCAGAGAAAUACAGCAUUCUCUGCCUUAAUCAGAGCCAGAUUUGGAUUUCUGACAAUACUCAGAUCAAACAGUAG